ACCAACAGUGGUUCCUAGCCGGAGUUACUAUAGCAGGACAUAGCUUUCGCCUUCCGAGUGAAAACAACAUGAUAUUUUUAAUCAGAAUAAUGUGCUAAAUGUCAAUUACUGCUGAUAGUAUUCCAUACUUACACAAUACAUUUAAAGCUACUAUUUUCAUAGUAUUGUUUGCAUUGUUCUAUGACGACUAUUGACGAAGUCCUACACAAAUUUUUCUUGUGCAAGUCCUCCGAUUCAGAGAAGAGACAUGGCUAGCAGAAGCAGUGUAGAUAUGGACCCUGAUGUUGCUCGGAGGCUUUUUGAAGAGGGAGCUACCCUGGUGUUGCUCGGGGUUCCGCAGGGUACAGAGUUUGGCAUUGACUGCAAGAGUUGGAAUGUUGGUCCCCGCUUCCAGGGAGUUAAGAUGAUCCCUCCUGGGCUGCACUUCAUUAACUACUGCUCUGUCAAUCCACCGAGCUGCGCAGGAGAAGUUGGUCCAAAGACAGGCUUGUUCCUCAAUCUCAAACCUAAGGACGUCCUCCUGGCUAACUGGAACCCUAAAGAGGAGGAUCUGAACUUCUCUGCUUCCCAGAACGAGGAGGAAGUGAGCCGAAUCAGAGCAAAUCUCCAAGAUCUUGACCCAUUCCUCGGACCCUAUCCUUAUGAGGUGAUGAGGAAGUGGGUGUCCCUCACAGACCGUCUGAGUGCGGACGUGGCCAUCAACUUACAGCCUCUUUCAGGUCGAGUAUGUGCCUAUAGCGAUGUUGUUCCUGAGACCGAGUUCAGACACACCAAGGACCGUGCCGACCAGCCGAGGAACGACACGGCCUGCCAGACCAUGAGAGAGGGUCUUGACAGGCUCCCCAAGAUGAAGGAGAGGGAGGGGACACAGCUGCGCUUCUCUGUCAUCCCGGAGAAGACUUAUCCUCCUGGUGCCACGCCGGCACAAAUCACUCAGUGCAGCAUGGACCACACGUAUGCCCUGGAGAUUGUGAUUGAGAAGAACCACCAGCAGAGGCCUCUUAACUUGCUCGGUGAGCUGCAGUUUGCCUUUGUGUGUUUCCUUAUUGGGAAUGUGUAUGAGGGCUUUGAGCACUGGAAGCGUCUUCUGUCCCUGUUGUGUCGAUCAGAGGUCGCCAUGCAGAAGCACAAGGAGCUCUACCUGGGGCUCAUUGCUGUGCUCUACCACCAGCUGGGAGAAAUCCCUCCAGACUUCUUCGUUGACAUCGUGUCUCAGAAUAACUUCCUCACCACAACACUGCAGGACUUUUUCCAAUUUGCCAGUGGGCCGGGAGUGGACGGCACGCUCCGGAAACGAGCAGAGAAGUUCAAAGCCCACUUGACCAAGAAGUUUUCCUGGGAUUUUGAUGCGGACUUUGAUGACUGCGCGCCUGUGGUGGUGGAGCUACCUGAGGGUCAUACUGUGGACUGAGUUCACACUUAUAAUGAGCACCAGGACCCUGAAACAUGGUACUGUGCAUGUCUAAGUAGCCACUUUGUGUCAACCAAAAGUAACCUGCACAGUGUCUUGUUGUGUGACUUAUCUGUACAUGCCAACUAUGCCACCUAGUGGUGAGGUUAAACUAAAGCCGGGUUUUUAGACUACAAUGCGUUGUCUUUAACUCUACCAAGGAGUCUGUUUUUAUUACAAAUAUUCCAUCUGUUAUGAUGUAUUAAUUACAGCUGUUACAAUGAGCUCAGUUGACAAAAAAUCUUAACUGUUCUGUAAGAAAACAUGUAUUUACUUUGUUGUGGGAACCAUUUGCACAAGUAAAUCUAAUUUUGAUGAGAAAAGGUGUUGCUAAAUAGGAUUGACUGAUGUCUUCAAAAUAUAUUUUAUUUAAAAAGUAGUGUAGUCCAUUUAGAAAUGAAACCGGCAAUGUGUCAUAUCGGCCUCAGCCACCAGAUGGUAGUCAUGGGUUUAAAAAAAAAAACACUAGUUGGUUUAUACAUAAUCAAUAUUUUUUCUACAGCACCUUCAAAAUCAACAAAAGCUUUACAAGGGGUAGGUACACCUGGGCAACAGGACUACUGUUAAAACAUGACACAAAACAAGCAGCAGUACGAUUAAAAUAGACAAUAAAACCAAGACACAAUAAGAGGAAAAUAAAUUAAUAGAUCAUGCUUUGUCAAAGAGGAGAACGUUUAUGACAGUAUAUAGAUAAUGUUGAUCAUGAUAUUUUACAUUGAAUAAAGGCUGUUUUUAUAA